GCAUGCAGCCCUGGGGCAGCCAUGCCUCUUAAAGCACUUUGCAGUAACUUACCUGUGCAGGUGCCACCUGGCUGGAGAUGUGUCAGCCAGCUAAGGAUUUCCAGGAGUGUUGGUUUGCUGGGCAGAAUGGGAGUGAACCUGACGGGCCACAUGAUCCUGUGCGCUCUGUCUCAGCAGUUCAUGUAGAGCGCAGCCAGCCUCCCUCCCCUUCCCCCACCAGUCUACCUGACUGCAGGCUCUGAGUGCCCACUCAGCAGUCUGGGAGCUAGCCUUAGCCUUCCACUGCUGGAGCCUUUGGCCUCAGCUUCAGAUACCUCUUUUGCACAAGAAGGGAGGUGGCUCUGCUCUUAGGAGGUGGCCAAGCUCUGGGAAGUGAAACUCAGAGAGUUUUCCCCUCCCCAAGGGUUUUGGUGAAUUGGGGUGCUGAUAAAAGGGGGCAGUGACUGAGGUUGCACCCAGGGGGUUGAACCAGCUUCACCCUAGUUUCAGCCCACAGACCCUGCCAAUAUGUCCUGGUUCCCCAGCACUCCCUGUGCUUCCAGUCCCGAUCUCACAUACACACAGCUCUGCAACUGUGCCUCAUCCCAACGUGCAGCCCUCUGCACCCUUGUUGCUUCCCUCCCAGCCUCCUCCUGAGAAGAAUUGGUCAUCUGGCCUGCAAGAUAUUUUGGUAACUGGGUAGAACUGUAGCUGGGCUGAGACUUGCCCAAUUCAUUUCACCCAUGACUCUAAGUUGGAUCAGAGCCCCCAGACGAGGAACUGUGGCUUUUGCCUUGGAUGUCGCUUGGCUCCACCAGGCGUCAGCUGCCUUUUCACACAGCACCACUCCUGUAAUCCCUGAAACACUCUGCAUAAUUGUGACUCCAGAGUGGAUGCUCCUGCUGUCCAGUGGAGAAGGGCCAAAAAUAUUCAGUUACUUGGGGAAUUGUGGAUCACUGAUGCUGCUGCCCUGGGGGAGACCUCAGCCAUUCUCCUGAUGAGUCAGAACGUAAUAUACUUCUGUUAUGUUGGGACCUGAAGACUAUACUUGGAAUUGGACCUUCCUGUCCAAAGGGAGGGGCAGUGACAUGAUUAGAGUCAUGCAGCAGGAGCAAGAAGGAAGAUAGAGUUGCUGGGCUCCCUGGCAGCCUGCACCCAGUCUGCAAGCAGUGGGAGCCAGGCCAGCAAGAUGAUGAUGCUGGAGCCCUCUGGGAAGGAGGAACUGUUCUGUGCCUAGGCCUGCUCUGUGGCUGGGACGGCAUUUCAGGUCUGCCUGGCUUCUGUGAGAGCCAACAUGAACGUGGGCACAGCUCACAGCGAGGUGAACCCCAACACUCGGGUUAUGAACAGUCGGGGCAUCUGGCUCUCCUAUGUCCUGGGCAUUGGCCUGUUGCAUGUGGUCCUUCUGAGCAUCCCCUUCUUCAGCGUCCCUGUAGUCUGGACUCUUACCAACAUCAUCCACAACAUGAGCAUGUACAUCUUCCUGCACACGGUGAAAGGAACCCCCUUCGAGACACCGGAUCAGGGGAAGGCCCGGCUGCUCACUCACUGGGAGCAGAUGGACUAUGGCGUGCAGUUCACAGCAUCACGCAAAUUCCUCACCAUCAUGCCCAUUGUGCUGUACUUCCUAACCAGCUUCUACACAAAAUAUGACCGGAUACACUUCAUAAUCAACACCAUCUCCCUCAUGAGCGUCCUGAUCCCCAAACUGCCGCAGCUUCAUGGUGUCCGCAUCUUCGGGAUCAACAAAUACUAAGCUUCUUGGAUGAAGUGAGCUGGCAGGGAGGGGGGCAGAAAUCCUUUCUCUUUAGUCCCGUUUUUCCUCCGUGCCAUACUGGGAUACAAUUUCACGACGGCUGUUUAAAUGCAGUAUCCAGUAGACUUGUAUACCGCAUGCAGGAUCCUCAUGCCCAGUCAGUCUAAGCAGGCUCCAGAGUAGCAGAAUCCUGAGUAGAGUUUAGCACGGAGCCGGAGGUCACGGGCUAGACUUAUUUUACUCCAAUAUCACACAUAGAUGCAGAUGUGCUGAGACUUCAAGGUACAAAUAGGUUCAUUUGUGGGGAGGUUUCCAUCCAGCCUGUACACUAACUGGAGAGAGUAGCAAGGUGGGAGAAUGCUGUAAGAGCUGGUACUUUUUGCUCUGGCAAAUGCACUUUAAAAUAUACCUUCCCUUUUUGAGGCUGGACACACUCACAAAGGGCUACAUGGGGAAAUUAAAGGGCAUAUGGCCAGAUUUCCCAGCUAGCUGGUCACUUGAAUUUUGUGAGAUAGAGUUUAUUUUUUAAACUUCUCUGCUGUCACUGGGAAAGGAACUGCUUUUCUAAUAAGAAAACAGGAAGGUGCUACCUUGUAUUUUGGGCAGGACUUUCCUGUUUUCCGUGGCACAUUUAAUACAAUUCAUGGGGGGAGCUGGCAGAUCCCAAAUCCCCUUUGAGGUCCCAUUCAUUCCUGUUACUUUAAGCUGUUACCAAUGUCUGUCUGUCUGGGCAUUUUUCUGAGGGGAAGUGGCUAUAUUUUAGAACAUGUGGGGUGGGAGGUUCUGCCUCAUCUCAUGGGCCCCUUUCCAGCAAUAACCCUAUGCAGCACUUGGAGGAAGUGUUUAAGUCCUCUUUUGGUUUGUUGGAAAGUGUUACUAUUGCCUGAGCUAUGGAUGUGGAUAUUGGGACUAAGUGAGGGAGGCUGAGGGCUAACGUGUGGACUCUAGCAAGCAACUGGUUGUUGCUUGGUAGUGGGCAUGCUGGUACAAACAGGGAUGUAGGAAUGGUUGGAGUUGAAUGACUUCUUCCUCCUCUCACCCCAACCUCUUGCCCACCUCUCUUGUGUCUGCAUAGAUCAGCGGGAUUUGCCAAAUCCCUAGCUCUGGGAACAAAGCUUAGCAUGUGACAUCAUGCAUGGAAAACAGUUUUGUGGAUUUUGAUUGGACCUGGAGACCUGUCAGUCAUUGCCCCAUGUGACUUCUAGUCUGGAGGUUGCAGCAUUAUUCCCACAGGCUCCAUAACAGCCAUUAGCAAGGUUAACAGAGCUGUGGGAGAAAUGGCAACAGGUCUAACAGGUCACUGCAGCUCUUAAUUUGUACUGGCAGCAUAGGAAAUCCUAGGUGGACAGUGUGCUUAUGGUGGUGAAAGUACAUCUAUAGGUCACCUAAAGCCCAUCUUUUUACCUGCUUCCAUUUUCCACUCAGAUCAUGGCUAGAGUUGGCCAUCACCCAUCUAUUCCUGGACAGCAACAAUCGUUAGUGUAGUAGGUUGGGUGGUAUGCUUUGCCUUUGUUUCUUGUGCAAACUGAAAGCCCCUGCUUGCUUGCCCUUGAUCUAGUGGUUGAUUCAGAGGGGCGGGGGGAGAUGCAUGUCAGUGGGUACAAGUCCUACAUCAAGAAAGGGGGUAGGGGGGAAAUAGUUUGGGGGGAGCAGGCCAUUGCAUGAAGUGUUGCUGGAUGAAAGAUCAGGGGUUGCUGAUCAACCAGUCUCUUGGCUUCAGACUCUCACUUUGCUUUUAUCCAUGCACUGUGAGUUCAUUCCAGGAGGUUUGAGGGAAUAAUUGUUUUCUGCACCUCAGAUUAUUAGGAUGAAGAAGGGGCAACUGAAGAAAUGCCCUGCCCCUCCUUUCCUUCUUCCCCCAAGCUCAACUGGGUGGUGUGUAUCUGAUAUGGGGUGCUCUGACAUGCAGGCGAUCAGUUUUCUGUACCCUCAGAAGCUAGUUUGAGGGGACUGGGUUAUUUCUAAUUUCAGUCACACUCUGCGGUAGAACCCCAGUAAUCCCUGUGUGGAGAGGGACUGCUGAAGAAAAGUUCUUAUAAUCAAGGUUUGGGAUGAACAUGGGGCUUACUGUGAUGUAAGAGAUGAAGGUGCUUUGGCUGUGAUGAUGAGGUAGGGCUACCCAGGGAUGCAGCACAGUAACAAAACUAAACUUCCUUCCUCACCAAAUUGGUGCUCUCUGCUCACAACAGGUAUAGCUCUGGCUGGCUAGAGUAGAUUUCCAGUGCUCCUAAAGCAGCGGUUUUCUAGAGGAUCAUGUGCUGACUGCAAUAGACUUUUGUUUUUAUUUCUCAUGCUUCUUUUGUGUACUAAUGGUGAUUUUUUUUUUGUUUUGUUUCCUAGAGCUAUAGUUGUCUCAAGGUUUUGGUGGUGAUGCUGUAAACACUCAAAUAAGAUAUUUUAGUUCAUAUGUUAAUUGAGUGUUGCUUUAGAAAUGAGUAGGCAAUACAGUGGAUAGUGACAAAGGUAGACCAGAUCUAAUGGUCAAAGCACAGGAGUGGGAGUUAGGGACUCCUGAGCUCAAAUCCCAGGUCUUCACUAACUGCUCGUGUGGUUUGGGGUGAGUCGUUUAACCUCUCUGCCUUGGUUUCAUUAUCUACUCUGCAGAGGAGAGGGGAAUAAUGCUUUACCUGCCUCACAGACCUGUUGUGAAAUUUCUUGUCUCUAGAGUGCCUCACAGGUAGAAAUGAUGCUUUAAAUAUUAAUGAAGAGGAAGACGGCAAAAAAGUGAACCUGAUUUGGGUUCUUUAUACUUUCACCUUUUAAAAAGAGAGGCUGACAAAUGCAGAAAGUUAAUUUGAUAUAAGACUUCCCCCAGCCCUUGUGACAGAGGAUUGCUGCUUUGGUUAAGGUACCACAUACCCCUGCAGCUAGUACACUCUUUCAUGCUAUUAGUCAAUAGCUUCUUGAAAAACAGUUGCUUCAGUCUAGUGCUGUUUUUGUUCAAGGGCUGAUGAGUACUUCUGAGCUGGUCCUGAAAAGAAUGUUGUGGAUAAGUGUCUGAAAUGCCAAUGGUAAGAUUGCUGACUUUACCUUUGUAGUGACGAUGCUUUCGCGUAGGCAAGUGGGGCAACUUAUGUAGCCUGAAGGAUACAUUAUUGGAGAAAUCUAUAUAUCCAGUAGCUCAUGGGGAGCUGUCAUGUAUUUGGACAGAAAGAAACCUAAGUGGAGGUAGCAAACUUAUGAUUUUAAUGGCUGGAAUUUCCAUAGAAGGUGGGGCAGGAAACCACAGAACUACUUUGUUUGACAAAAAAUAAAAAAACAAGGGCUUUUUUGCUUUAAAGCAUGAUUCCCAUACUGACAUCUGUUCUUUUUGUUUUUUCUCUUUGUGGUAUGUGUAAACCAUGCCACAGCAGAGUGAUUUCUAUUUUUAGAGCAGAAUCAUAAAGUGUUGGUAGAGGCCAGAUUCUGGCAUGGUGUAAGGCAGAGCUCUCGAGCUUGCAACCUGUAGGCUUCCCUACAGCUUGCAACCUGUGGCCCUCUCAGUGGGUCAAUUUGCAGUCCAUAAGCUUUGCUUCUUGCCCAUCGCUCCAGCAGCUGCUGCCACCAGAGUCUCUGGUCCUUCCCCUCUUCCCUCCAACUUCCACUUACUGCCCCUGCAAGUGAUGCCACGAUGCGGGGGGGGGGGCUUUGGGGCAUAGCAGGAGGGUUGCCUAUGUGGUACAACCUAGUGGGAAGGGGAGGGUGCUGGCAUCUGCCCUACAUGUCACCCUUGGCUAUUCUGAAUUGGACAGCUCUGGUGUAAGGCAGUGUAGUUCCACCCACAGCAAAGAAGCUCUGAAAAUUUAUGCCAGCUGAGGACCUGGUCACAGGCUAUUUGUAGCAUGAAUUAAAACUAGUAUAGUAACACUUACUGAGUAGUGUUUACGGAUGAAGUGUAAAGAUAUCCAGAGUAAAACAAUUAACUUUUCAAAGGGCCAUUUUGAAAUCCAAAGUGCAGGUUUUUUUUAAUUGGUUGUUAAAGCCUUAAUAGAUAAGUUUAAUAACGUCUUUCUUUUGGGGGAUUAAAAUAUUCACCAACAAGCCAAAUGUCACAUUCUGGUCACAGUGCAUCUGAACCCGGAACUGUGGUAUGGACAUCCCCUUAGAUAACCUAGAACCCUGAAUUGAAGCUGCUCAUAUAAGUUAAGGCUGGGGAUGAAGGACAGCAGAGAUGGCAGCUCAGAAUCAGAUGACAAAUGAGGAAGGGCCAGUCUUGCCAUGGAGAGUCAAAGAAAGUAGCAAAAAGUGCUGAGGAGACUCCUGUGUGAUGAAAAACCAUAUUUGGGGGGAGAGCGCCUACAAGUCUCCUAGAUCAGAACAUCUGUCUGUAGUUUAGAAUUAUUGGACAUUAAAUAUAGCUGCAUCCACUGUGGUAAUGAUCCCAAAGGGAAAAUCCUCUCUUGCCUUGUUUGGGCCUUUGCAUUUCUACCUAUUCAUGAAGCCUCUCUAACCAGGAAUGGAAUUUCCCAAGCACUUAAUAGGAAGUUAGACAACUGACUCCUCAUGCCUUGGAAUGGGUCUUACAUGGCACUUGGACAAAUCUCACCCUAUACCCUGUGCUGGCUUUCUGCAUAGUGAUAGGGGGGAAGUUCAACUGAAUAAGGAACAAAAGCUAUGCUUCAUAAUGUGACUAAGUAACAAGGAGGAGACAUGGCUACCGCAAGUGCUUCUCAUUUUAAUUCUGCAAUGAACACUAAGGCAGAGACACCAAGGUUUUUAAAUAUUGGUACAUACAUGGCAUUGGCCUGGCAAAAGCUGUUCCUCUUGCCUGCUGCUGCGGCAUCUUUUUCAUCAGUUACUGUGUGGGCUUCAUACUUGUCCACAGAGCACAGGACAAUAGAACGUCACUAGCUUAACAUGACUGAGGGUAAAACCCAACCAUGUAAUCAGGUUCAAACAGCUGGAUUUCUUUCAAGGCACUACAGAACCCUUCUGCACAGAUCUGACUGCAGGAUCAGUGCUGCCUUCUUAUUUCAGAUCCAGGGCUACUUAGUCUGUGAGGGUUUAUUUUAAGAACAAUUGAGCAGGUUGUAAACAAUAAUUUUUAUAUAAAAUAUGGUACUGGUCCUUGAAGAAGAGAUAACAGCUGGGUUGCAUUUUUAGCACACAUUCACUCUCUCAUAUGAUUUAUAUUGCUUUGAUUUAUGAUAUAUAUUUUAAGUGUGCGUGUGCAUAAUAAACCCUUUGGGUCAAUUUCAGUGAGCUACAUCAAUUUUUUAUGCACCAUUCUUGCAUUGUACAUAGAAUUGUAGUUGUGCUUUUUGUUUUUUUCCCAGUUGCCCUUUUGCCUCAUGUAUACAAAAGUCUUUCAUCUAGAGAACUUUCUAAGACAAAGUGUGAAUAUUUUUAUUACUCCUUUGUACAGUAUUCUAAGAGAAACUAAUAAAGGUCAGUAUUCAUGUAAA